UGAAGUUCACAGUAGAUGUCGUUUACAAUUUAAACUGUCAAAGCCAAAGUAUGGCGCCGCCCAGUAAUGUGUAAAGUUUGGUUAAGGUGCCUUAUGUACAAAUGAAUUUUGUGUUCCUUUUAAACCUUUUGCUAAAAAAAAAUCAUUAAAGCUUUUCAUUACGGUGUGAUCUCUGUAAGUGUGAAAAACGUGACAAGUAAACAAUGUUUGAAGUCGAAGAACAAAUGACUAAUAUUACAUAUGUUGAUAUUUCCCCUAAUGAAGUGAACAAUCACCCAUUCUGUCCUCAUGGUCCUACUUUGCUGUUCAGUCGCCAUACUAAAAAAGGUGAUCGUAAAUAUUAUGCAUGUUCUGCCUGCCGAAACAGAAAAUUAUGCAAUUUUUUCCAUUGGGCUGAUGAAAAAUAUUCCAGUGCAAGAAAACAGAUUUGGGAUUGUGAAAGGAAAAAAUUUAUUGGAGACAAAAGUCAUCAAGAACUAUAUGAUUCUUUACACACAUUAAAAUCCUUAAUUUCAAAAAAUCAAGUGAUUUACUGUCAUACCUGCAAUAAAUUUCUCAAGAAUUGUAAUGGAGGAGAACAUGCAGAUCAUAAUGUUAAUGUAAAUAUUUCUCUGCAUCAAAUUAUGCAUCCUACUGAGAUGCUGAAACCUCUCGAGUGUGACAAGAGAGAAGCUCAGUAUCUUUUUUCCAGAGCUUCUGUAAAAGCUUUAAUUAAUAUAGCUCUUCACAACAAUAUUAAUUCAGUUAUCUGUAUUGGUGCUCCCAGAAUUCAUGAAUACAUUAAAACUACACAAGUGGACAUAAGAAGUAUAUUAUUAGAUUUGGAUAAGAGAUAUCAUAUGUUUUAUGGACCAGAAGAUUUCUGUUGGUUUAAUUCAUUCAACUUUCAUUUCUUUUUGGGUCAUUCAUCAGAACAGUCUUUUAUGAACUUUCUCCGUAAUGAUAAAAGGCAUUUGUUGAUUCUUGAUCCUCCAUUUGGAGGAAGACUGGAGCCACUAGCUCACACAUUGAAAAACAUACAAGCUCUUCAUAAAAAAUUACAUCCUUGCUCAAAAAAUGACUUGUCUGUUAUAUUAAUAUAUCCAUACUUCUUGGAACAACAUGUUGUGAGAUGUUUACCAACAUUUAAUAUGAUUGAUUACAAGAUUACAUAUGAUAACCAUCCAUUGUUUUCACAAGGCGCAAAAGCAAGAAAACUUGGAUCACCUGUUAGAAUUUUCACCAAUAUAUGUCCUGAGAAAGUUAUCCUACCAUUUGAUGAAGGUUACAAGUUCUGUGAGAUUUGUGCCUAUUGGGUUAGUCCAGAAAAUAAGCACUGUGACUUUUGCAACAAAUGUACAUCAAAGAAUGGAUCUACUUAUGUACAUUGUAAAAAGUGUCAAAAAUGUGUCAAGCCCACAUGGAAACAUUGUGGGAAAUGCAAACGCUGUUGCCUUGAACCUCACACAUGUGCCUCAAUUGCUCCAUCACAUCAUUGCUAUCACUGUGGUGAAAAAGGUCAUAAAAAAGAAGACUGUAAACUUAUUUCACAAGAUGACAAGGAUAUUCUUGUGGUGAAUAUUUCCAAUAACAGCUAUAAACGGAAAGGGGGCAAAUGUGAAGCAGAUAACAAGAAAAGAAAAGUUGGUAAAAGGCAAUUGAAGUGAUCAUAAAUUCAUUUCAACAGUCAUAACAACCAGUCAAGUGACAGUCAUAACAAAAAGUUACUUGGUCAUCCGUGCGGUACUUAUUAAGAUCAGUUCAGUUUAAUAGUGAACAUGAGUUCAACUUGUCUUCAAGUACAUGUGAAUUAUUCAAAUGAAUGUCAAUUGAUUUUGUGGUUUAUUUUUUAUGCAGAAGACUAAUUACUAUUAACCCUUUGCUGCCUGUACGGUCUUAAAGGAUACUUGCGUGGAGUACAAAUGUGCUCCAAGCCUUUUGUACAAAAUUAUAUAUUAUUGUGUUGAAUUUAGUUAAAUAAAAUAAAUAAAUAAAU